AUGCCAAAUUACGCAAAGUUUAUGAAAGAUCUUCUAUCAAGAAAGCGUAAAUUGAAGGAGUGUGAGACCGUGACCUUGACAGAAGAGUGCAGUGCUAUAAUUCAGAAAAAGUUACCUCCGAAACUCCAAGAUCCUGGAAGUUUCAGCAUUCCCAUAGAAAUUGGUAACAUUAAUGUGGGAAAGGCAAUAUGCGACUUGGGAGCUAGUAUUAAUCUUAUGUCGUUAUCCAUCUGCAAGGCUCUGGGUAUUCAUGAAUUGAAGCCGACUAAAGUUUCGCUACAGUUAGUUGACAGAUCUACCAGAAGGCCAGAUGGAGUAAUUGAAGAUGUCUUGGUGAAGAUUGAUAAGUUCAUAUUCCCUGCAGACUUUGUUAUCUUAGACAUGCAAGAGGAUGCUGAAAUUCCCUUACUGUUGGGAAGACCCUUUUUAGCCACUGCAAGGGCUAUGAUUGAUGUGGAGCAGGGUAAGCUGAUGUUGCGGGUUAAUAAUGAAACCAUAACGAUAGAUGUUUUUGAAUCUAUGAAACAUCCUUCCGACGGAGGAGAUUGCUUCAAGGUUGAUGUGAUCAAUGAUGCAGUGCUAGAUACAGUUGUUGAAAUACUCCAACCACUGAUGGAAUUGGAGUCAUUAGAAGGAGAUCUACUGCACAAUACAACUGAAGCAACAGAAGGAGAACAAGAGGUUGAAAAGCUAGAAAAGAAAGUUGAUGAUAUUAUUCAAGGAGCACCAAAGGUUGAAUUGAAAGAGAUUCCUCCUACUUUGAAAUAUGCAUUUCUUGGAGAAAGCAAGACAUACCCGGUGAUCAUCAACAUAAAUUUGUCAACCGCCGAAGAAGAAAAAUUAUUGAAAGUGUUGAGAGAGCACAAAACAGCUAUAUGA